AGUGUAACGCGGCGCCAUUUCGUCAGGUCCCUUAAACUUAAUCUACCGCUUCCAUCCAAUAAUGGUCCCUAGGAAUGAUGACCAGCUUCGGCGCCCAGCUCCAAAUUCGCGCUUACUUUCAGUCCAGUCCGUCGUCUCUAAAUAUUCCCUUCGUUCUCACUCUUCCUCCUUCGAAGCUGACGAUGAGCGAUCGACAUCCACCGAGUCAGGCAGAAUGACACCCGCGCCCAGCAUCGAGAACGGCUCCCCCUUCGGUCGCUAUCAUGGCGAAGAUACUCGCCCAACUAGUAACAAGGAGCUUGCUGGUUGGUACAUGUAUGGCUUCGCCGCCGAAACCUACGUAAUAUGCGGUUAGUAAAUCUAGACUCUUCCUCUUCCUCUUCCUAUUUGCUGGCAACACUUGAAAUAAUGCUGACAGUCACUAGCCAUCUGUGAGUAGCUACCUCUUCUCUUUAGCAUCUAUACAAGAUGAUGCCUAGUUCGGCAUCUAUCGGGUCCGAAAACAUUUACGCACCAUCAUCACAGCUACCCGCAUAUAACUAGUAAACAUGAGCUUACCAAACGCGAACAGCUUCGUUUAUUCCGAUUCUAUUAGAGAGCUUGGCCAGGGAAAAUGGCGUCCUCUUGAGGGAUCGGGAAAGCCCCUGCACGAGAACUUCGGAUGGCCCGUGUAUCGUCACCGUCGUCGGCAUCGAGAUCAAUACGGCUAGCUUCGCUAUGUAUACCUUCAGUAUAAGUGUGCUACUCCAGGCAUUACUAGUAGUCAGCAUCAGCUGCGCGGCCGAUCAUGGCAACUACCGAAAGCGGUUGUUAUUGACAUUUGCAUGGAUUGGAAGCUUUUGCGUCAUGUGCUAUAUAUUCAUCUCCAAAGAGAUAUACAUGUUCGGGGCGCUGCUGGCUAUCGUCUCUAACACGUCUUUCGGGGCGUCCUUCGUUCUAUUAAACUCCUUCCUUCCUCUCCUUGUCCGCCACCAUCCGAAAGUAUUGGAGUCGGUAACCGGUGUAUCCGAAGAUGACGACCUGGAAUCAGAUACUGUGAUCGACACUCAUUCUCGGUCGACAUCCCCUACUCUGGCCGAGCACCCUCCAAACGAUCCGACAACCCCCUUGCUCUCGCGAAACGACGGCAGCUCUGACAUCCACGACUUGCGACGAAUACCCACCCACGAGGAGCUUACCUCUAUUGAGCUUCAGCUGUCCAGCGAGAUAUCCGCGAAGGGGAUCGGGAUCGGCUACGGCGCUGCGUUGUUCGUGCAAUGCGCCUCCAUAUUAAUAUUAGUGAGCAUGCAUAGUUCUGUUUGGUCGCAACGGGUCGUGCUAUUUUUUAUCGGGGCUUGGUGGGCCAUUUUUACGAUACCAGCAGCUAUAUGGCUCAGAGCUAGACCCGGGCCUCCCCUCGCAGAGAGCCGAUACCGAGGCACCCGUGCUUGGAUAUCUUACGUUGUCUACUCGUGGAAGAAUCUAUUUCGGACGGUCAAGCUGGCACGACGUUUGAUCGAUGUCGUCUUGUUUUUGGCUAGCUGGUUUCUGAUUUCCGACGCUAUCGCGACGACAUCUUCGACUGCCAUAUUGUUUGCAAAGACGACCCUGCACAUGGAACCGUGGGCGUUAGGGAUGAUUAACGUUAUAUCUACGACUACGGGUGUCUUGGGUGCUUUCGGUUGGUCGUUUGUCUCCAAGUAUUUCAAGUUGCGACCCCAUCAGACUGUGCUGAGCUGUAUUGCACUUUUUGAAAUCAUACCUAUUUAUGGCCUUCUAGGCUACUUGCCUUUUGUCCAAAGAUGGGGAGUUUUCGGGCUUCAGCAGCCGUGGGAAAUGUACCCCUUAGCUGCCGUUUACGGUCUCGUCCUCGGUGGACUUAGUUCAUAUUGCCGAUCACUUUACGGAGAACUGAUCCCUCCCGGCUCUGAAGCUGCUUUUUAUGCAUUAUACGCCAUUACCGACAAAGGCUCAAGCAUAUUCGGACCUGUUAUAGUGGGGGCUAUCAUAGACGCGUCUGGUGAAAUUCGACCGGCAUUUUGGUUCCUGGCAGCGCUGGUCAGCCUUCCUGCGCCGUUUAUAUAUUUCGUUAAUGUCGAACGCGGCAAAUUCGAGGGAGAAAAACUGGCCGAGAUAAUCGAGGGCUUUAAGAGUAGAGAUGAUAUUCAUGAGGGCAGAUUUGGUAACGGUGUCGAAGGUCAAGGAAUUAUUUCCGCUUACGAUGGACAUGAUGAUGAGGAGGUUGACGGUCAUGCGAGGUCAUAAUACCCCGGAUUUAUUCAAGAGUACUUUUAUGCGAGGGUCUAUCUUGCAUAGCGACGGCGUUGACUCUUCUUCAUUUACGCAGGGAAAUAUUGGAUAACCAGGCCUAGUUCUUAGAUACCUCGCUCGGUUUUCACCUAGGGACCUAAUUUAAUCGAAUACUAACAACGCCCGGCAAGUUAUGUAGGGGCCCUUCCUUGUUUAGCAUACUGAUCGCGAUGUCGCACAGAAACUGGCCAAUACCAUUAUGUGUUGUAGCCUAUUAAAGCCAACGCCGAUAGCAUACUCCUUGGCCCCUAGAUCUCAACAGUAUAACUACGUAAAUUUAGUAGGCAAUAUUGAAGUUGUUAGACUUGAAUAACUGCCUCCUUACUACGAAGCAAACCAAAACAACAAAUUUCAGAAACUCGAGAUACUUUACCUCGUGAAACGAGUGAUGGAAAUAAAAACGAGCUCGGAACAUCUGAUCGACAUUACCGAAUAUCUGUAGCCAAUGCUUUGGGCUUAUCGGUUGCUGGAUAGGUACGGCAAGCACCCGACAUGUACG